CAUCAACACGUCAGUAUACUCGAAGCAAUCGAACGAUACACAUCGCAGUAGCGAAACCCAACGUAUUUCAACCGUUUUCAACUUCGUCUUACGGAAAAAAAGGAAAAUGAGUCUUGUACCACUGCUGUUCUCAAACUGGUGGGAGGAUUUGGAUCGUCCUCACAGACUUGUCGACCAGGACUUCGGUCUGCAACUGGAGCCAGAGCAGCUGCUCUCACCUCAUCUCCUGUCGCGUUACUUCCACCCAUCGGAUUACCACCGACCCAGACAUCCUCUGGUCUACCACCGACCCUGGGCUGAGCUCCUUCGCAAAACCGACACCGGAGCCUCAACUGUCAACGCUGACAAGAACAAGUUCCAAGUUAUUCUCGACGUCCAGCAGUUCAAGCCCGACGAGAUCAACGUGAAAGUUGUCGACAAGUGUGUUGUGGUGGAGGCCAAGCACGAGGAGAAGCAGGACGAGCACGGAUGGAUCUCUCGCCAAUUCGUGCGCAAGUACAUGAUCCCCGAGCAGUGUGACAUCGAUCAGGUGGCUUCCAAUCUGUCAUCAGAUGGCGUACUCACCAUCACAGCACCCAGGAAGCAAGUUCCCAAGGUGGAGGGCGAGAAGAUCAUCAAGAUCGAGCACACUGGCAAGCCUGCCAUUCGUGAAACUGGUGACGCUGGGCACAAGAAGGAGUCCAAGGACGACAAGAAGUGUGUCAAGAAGUGAAGUAGCUUCUUACCUUUAUUAUCCGUUUCUCGAUAAAAUGGAUUAUCUCAUAAUGUUCAUAUUUUCAUUCCCACUACUCUCAUUAUCUAAGUAUCUGUACACUUCAUUCAUUAUGUAGUUUAUAUCAAGUCAUUAUCACAUUAUUGACUUUUGUGAUAUUUCUAUUUUCUAUGUUCGUGAAUAAAUAAACCAAAAAAGAGAAAAUUCAAGUGAAAAACAAAA